AUUACCAGAGGAGCUACUGCUUCUCUUGUCUUCCAUAGUCUUAGACUCAGAUAGGACGUUGAACCAAUCAAUCAAUCAAUCAAUCAACCUCGGCCCCUCUCGUAUUGUUGCGUAGUCCUGUUCGUUAAGUGUUGUUUUGCGAGUUGCCCCUUAAUCGUAACACAUCCAUCCAUCCAUCCAUCCAUCCAGUGUGCGACCAUCCUGGGAAGUCUUAUAGAUCCCAGCGGGGACGUUGUGGAGUACACACGAGAGCUCCUCCGCCAGCUUCGACCAAAUUGGCAUGUCAGCGAUCCAAACGCAAAACUGGCAGGAUGGGAAGAUCGGCGUGUAAGCGGCACGUUCUGGGAACACCUUCAGACAGACAAUGUCAAGGUGUAUAACCAUUCCUUCAACUAUAUGAUGUCCGACCUGUAUGGUUUCGAUUGCCGGCUUGCAACGAAGAGCACUGCAGAGAUCGCGUGAGAGAUCAGACUGAAUUGCGGAUGCACCUAUCUCGCACCGUUUCCGUUUUUAUUCAAGGCCACACUGUCGUGUAUGACAGCUCACUCGGCGAAAGGGCGACCUUGAGUGACAAAGAUGACAGAAUAACCGUACAGGAUGGCCCGGGACUUGGGCAAGUUGGCAAUGUUGGCAAGACAUUCAACUUAGUGGCCUUUGGUGGCGAUGUCUCUGCCUACAAGUCAUUUGCGUCGCUCUGUAGAAGCACGAAGGUCAACAAGCCGGUGGCAUCCAAGAAGCCUUGGCCUAGCGGUAGACUCUCGUCAGUGAAGAGUUCAGCCAUGGAUUGACAAGCCAAAUGCGGGACUAUGGCUAUGUCGACACUCAGUUUUCUGGUAAAUUGUUGAUUUGCAGUAGCCACCCGGUGGACCCGUACAAGAUCAGCGAAGUCUGCAUCGACCCGUGGAUCCCUGCGGAAAAGGAAGAGACGAAAUCUGUCAAGACACGAUAACGG